AUGGAAUUCGCCAUCCGCUGUAUGACCUGGACUCUGGCUCUCAACACGCAUAUAUAUAUUGAGAUUGCGGGCCCGGACUUAGCAACAUCGCUCUCUCACAAGCCUCCGUACCCUCCUACUUCGACAACAAGAAACUACUGGAAGAUGGCAACCCCUGCCGGAGUCCGCGAACACAAAGACGUGUACCCCGCCAUCGAUCCCACCCAGACCUUUGCCGCUCAGUCGUAUGCAGGCAAGGUCGUCCUCAUUACAGGCGCAAACGGUGGUCUCGGUGCCGUUGCCGCACAGUUCUACGCCCGCGCCGGCGCAUCCGUUGCCCUCGUCGCACGCAGCGCGGACAAGCUCAAGGCUGUAAUCGCUGGUGCACCUGGUGCGGAAGAUCGCAUGUUCUCUAUCGAGGCAGAUGUGCGGGACACGCGUGCCGCUGAGGACGCCGUGAAACAGACUGUCGAGAAGUUCGGCAAGCUGGACAUCCUUAUUGCGAAUGCGGGAGUGAUCACAUCCUUUAACGAAUCGAUCGAGACGAAGGAUCCCCAGACGUACUGGAAUACGUUCGAGGUCAAUGUGAAGGGCGUAUACAACUAUGUUCGGGCGGCAAUCCCAGAGAUUAGGAAGUCGGAGGGUCAGAUCCUGGUCACAACAUCCGGCAUGGCAUACAUGCGCGUACCGAACAACAGCGACUACGCCGUAUCCAAGCUCGCCGUCAAUGGCCUCGUUGAGUUCAUUCACCUCGAGUUCCCCAACAUCCCGGUCUACGCCCUCCAUCCCGGCGUGGUGGAGACAAACUUGGUCCGCAGCGUUGAACUGCCGGACUCGUUGCCCGCCGCCAACGUGCCCUUCGACACGCCUGAGCUCUCGGCCGCCACGAUGCUGCACCUCACGCUCGGGAAGGCGCCGUGGUUAAGCGGGAGGUACUUCUCGUCCAACUGGGACAUUGAGGACGUGGAGAAGUUGUGGAAGGAGAAGAUUGUUGAGGGUAAUGCGCUAGUAAGCGUUCUCGCGGCGCCCUAA